CUGCGGCGCGGUCCUGGACACACGCGGCUGCGCUCGGCUCUGGUCAUGGCCGACUACUUGAUUAGCGGGGGCACGUCCUACGUACCGGAUGACGGACUCACGGCACAGCAGCUUUUCAACUGCGGGGAUGGACUCACCUACAAUGACUUUCUCAUUCUUCCUGGAUACAUCGACUUCACAGCAGACCAAGUGGACCUGACCUCUGCGCUUACCAAGAAGAUCACCCUAAAAACUCCUCUAGUUUCUUCCCCCAUGGACACGGUCACGGAGGCUGGGAUGGCCAUAGCAAUGGCGCUUACUGGCGGAAUCGGCUUCAUCCACCACAACUGCACCCCUGAAUUCCAGGCCAAUGAAGUUCGGAAAGUGAAGAAAUAUGAGCAGGGAUUCAUCACAGACCCUGUGGUCCUCAGCCCCAAAGACCGAGUACGGGAUGUGUUUGAGGCCAAAGCCCGGCAUGGUUUCUGUGGGAUCCCCAUCACAGACACAGGCCGAAUGGGGAGCCAUCUGGUGGGCAUCAUCUCCUCCCGGGACAUUGAUUUUCUCAAGGAGGAGGAACACGACCGAUCUCUGGAAGAGAUCAUGACAAAGCGGGAAGACUUGGUGGUGGCGCCUGCAGGCAUCACAUUAAAGGAAGCAAAUGAAAUCUUACAGCGAAGCAAGAAGGGGAAGUUACCCAUUGUAAAUGAAAACGAUGAGCUGGUGGCCAUCAUUGCCCGGACAGACCUGAAGAAGAACCGAGAUUACCCACUGGCCUCCAAAGAUGCAAAGAAGCAACUGCUGUGUGGAGCAGCCAUCGGCACACAUGAAGAUGACAAGUACCGAUUGGACUUGCUGGCUCAGUCUGGUGUGGACGUGGUGGUUCUGGACUCUUCCCAGGGAAAUUCCAUCUUCCAGAUCAACAUGAUCAAGUACAUCAAAGAGAAGUACCCCAGUCUCCAGGUCAUUGGAGGCAAUGUGGUGACUGCUGCUCAGGCCAAGAACCUCAUCGACGCAGGUGUGGAUGCCUUGCGGGUGGGCAUGGGCAGUGGCUCCAUCUGCAUUACCCAGGAAGUGGCUCCCAAGAUCCCUCCAGACAUAAAGUCCCACAGCCCCAAAUGCCCUUCUACUGUCACGGGCUGCUAUAUGCUGGCCUGCGGGCGGCCCCAAGCCACAGCUGUGUACAAAGUGUCAGAGUACGCGCGGCGCUUUGGCAUCCCUGUCAUCGCUGAUGGAGGCAUACAAAAUGUGGGUCAUAUAGCCAAAGCCUUGGCCCUUGGGGCCUCCACAGUCAUGAUGGGCUCCCUUCUGGCUGCAACUACCGAGGCCCCUGGCGAAUACUUCUUCUCUGAUGGGAUCCGCCUGAAGAAAUACCGCGGCAUGGGCUCUCUCGACGCCAUGGACAAACACCUCAGCAGCCAGAACCGCUAUUUCAGUGAAGCUGACAAAAUCAAGGUGGCCCAGGGUGUGUCAGGGGCUGUGCAAGACAAAGGAUCCAUCCACAAGUUUGUCCCCUACCUGAUCGCAGGCAUCCAACACUCCUGCCAGGACAUUGGUGCCAAGAGUUUGACCCAAGUCCGAGCCAUGAUGUACUCCGGAGAACUCAAGUUUGAGAAGAGAACAUCCUCCGCCCAGGUAGAAGGCGGUGUCCACGGCCUCCAUUCGUACGAGAAGCGGCUUUUCUGAUCCAGUAAUCUUCCCUCUUUUUUUCUUUUUUCAAUAAAAGUUUGAAAAAAA